CGACUUUUUUUAACACCUCUCGACACGACAAACUCAACAAGCAACUCGAAAAACCGCCAAGAUGUAAGAUAUCAACAAUCAGUAAUUUAUCAUAAUUGCAAUGGUUGCCAGAAUACUAAUGAAUUAAUUUUACAGGCUUAUCCCAAAGGCUGACCGCAAGAAGAUCCACGAGUACUUGUUCCGUGAGGGAGUACUUGUCGCAAAGAAGGAGUACGAAAACAAGCACCCAGACAUCGACACCCGUAACCUUUACGUUGUCAAGGCUUGUCAAUCUUUGACCUCCCGUGGAUAUGUCAAGACUCAAUUCUCUUGGCAAUACUACUACUACACCCUCACCCCAGAGGGUCUCGACUACCUCCGCGAAUGGCUUCACCUCCCCGCUGAGAUUGUCCCAGCUACCCACAUCAAGGUUCAAAGAUCCCACGCUCCUCCUCGUGGAAUGAUGGGUGGUGACGAGCGUGAGCGCAAGCCUUUCGGUGGCCGCGGUGGACGUGGUGGUGGAGAGCGUGGUGACCGUGGUGAUUACCGCAGACGUGAGGGUGGUGAGGGCAAGGAAGGUGCUGCCCCAGGAGAGUUCGCUCCUCAAUUGUAAGUUUUACGCAUCAUUUACCAUUUUUGAUACUGGUGAACCCUAACAUUUUCUCUUCCAGCCGUGGUGGAUUCGGACGUGGACGUGGCCGUGACGGAGCUGCUCCACCAUCGUAGAUUUACUCUACAUCUUUCUUACGCUUGCUCAAUGCAUCCGACAGAAAUUCCUCAUAAACACUUGUAUGGUUGGACGACUGGACAGUAGCGCGUUAGGUCGAGUGAAAGUAAUCGCCGGGGGAGCAUAGGUCGAAGGUGGAAGUUGACACUUCAAAACUGUCAGGUAGCAUAAUGAGCUUCUUCCAAUACCCCUUCAAUUUAUUAUGAC